ACCGAAUCUCGCAUGGGCCACGUCUGACUUUCCAAUGCCCCAAUCGACGUGCCGAUCGUGUGGCUUGAUUUGAUUCAGCUGGGGAGAGUACGUGAGAGACGCCAAAUUAGAGAGCGCGUGACUUGAAGGUUCCCGACCAUGGCGCAGUAGGCGUCGACAAGAAGACGACGACGACGACAACGACAACGACAACGACAACAACAACAACAAGAUGAAACAAAGAAUAUCGAGAAGAGCGGGAGCAGGAGGGUCUCUGAGGCCGUCGUGGAUCGUAUUGUGCACGACGGCGUUUGUGGGACUCUGCCUGCUCCUCUCGAUCGAUCCCCGACUCGCAGCCAGGCUGGACCGGGACGCCGCCACUGCAGCAGAAGCAGCAGCUGUAGCUGCUACUGCUUCUUCUACUGAUGGUGCAAAGGCGCAUGCAACGGCAUCGAGCUUGGUCACCUCGUCUCCUGCAGCACCCGCCUCAUCGGCUGCAGCUGCAGCUGCAGCUGUACAAGCACCGCCAGCCCUGGACAUAGUAGCGACGACCGGGCAGGCGCGCCCACACCCAUACAAGCUUCUCGCCCAGUCUCCUGACCAGUCGGCAUGGGACAUCUACGAGCAGACACUCGCCGACUUUAUCACCUCGUCGCUCCCCGAGCACGGCGGGCUUCGGCGGCGCGCACUCUCAUCGCUGCAGCGCGAAGGGCAUCGCAAGCGCUCGGGCCUGCGCACGGGCGACGACCUCGAGGGCCGCGAGCUGCCGCAGACGAUCUGGCAGACGCGCGCGCGGCGCAAGACGGGCGACGACUACGACGACGGCGACUACAUGGGCGACAGCUUUGCGGUGCUCAACCCCUCGUGGAAGCGCUUCGUCCUCGACGACGACCAGCUCGAGGCUUGGGUUAAGGACCAGCUCGGCGACAAGCCGUCGGCCCUGUACCAGAGCUGGGCCGCCGUCAAGGCCGGCAUCGCCAAGGCCGACUUUUUCCGCUAUCUCGCCAUGGCCCUCGAGGGCGGCGUCUAUUCGGGUGAGUCCCUCCGUCCGUCCGUCCGUCCGUCCGUCCGUCUGUCUGUCUUUCGGUCCGCGGUUGAGAUCAACAAGUGAGGAGCUGACCACGCACGGACCCAAACAUACCAGACAUGGACACCGUCUGC